AUGGCCUCACUUUCAGCGGUCUCGGGCUGGCCAACUUAUCUACCUGACUGGUCCAAUCUCAAUGUAUUGCACCGCAACACUCUACCCCCUCGGGCACACUUCUACUCAUACCCAAAUGAGGAGGCAGCGCUCACAUUCAACCGCGAUGAGGGCCUUUUUCAGAGUCUGAACGGCACCUGGAAAUUUCACUACGAUGCCUCGCCAUUUGAAGCUCCUAUCUGGAACACGGCCAAUACUACGGAGUGGGAUGAUAUUAUCGUUCCUGGCGUGUGGCAGAUGCAGGGAUAUGGGCGCCCGCAAUAUACCAACAUCCACUAUCCAAUCCCUGUUACGCCGCCAAAUGUGUCGUAUAUGAACCCUACGGGCUCGUAUUGGCGGGAGUUUGACGUCCCCGCCGACUGGGAUGGGCAGCAGAUCCGCCUGCGAUACGAGGGCGUAGACAGCGCUUUUCAUGUUUGGGUUAAUGGCGAGGAGGUUGGCUACAGUCAGGGCAGCCGCAAUCCCAGCGAGUUCGACAUUACGGGUUACCUCUCGUCGGAAGGCACCAACACACUUGCUACGCGCGUAUACCAGUGGUCUGACGGCACGUAUCUCGAGGAUCAGGACCAAUGGUGGCUUUCUGGUAUCUUCAGGGAUGUGUACUUAGUGCCGUUUCCCAGCUCUGCGAUCACAGACUUCUUCAUUCAGCCUGAAGUCGAUGACGGAUUCGCUAGCGGCACGCUAAAGGUCAAUGUUACUAUCCAGGGCGAGCACGGGAACCUCAGCGUCAAGGUCUUGUCCCCAGGCGGCAACGUGGUUGACGAAUGGACUGGGUCUUCGUCCACCAUUUACUCCAAGGAUAUCAAGGGCGACGACUUUCUACUCUGGUCUGCGGAGACGCCGAACUUAUAUACUGUCCUGAUUGAGUUCAAUGGACGCACCAUCAGCCAAAAGGUCGGGUUCCGCCGAGUAGAAAUGAGUGGCUCCAAUUUCCUUGUGAAUGGCCAGCCGAUUAUCAUCUACGGUGUCAAUCGCCAUGAACAUAACUACACCUCUGGUCGAACAGUUCCCUACGAGUCGAUGCGCGCAGACUUGAUCCGAAUGAAGCAAUCCAACAUCAACGCGAUCCGCACAGCUCACUACCCUCAGCACCCGUCAUUCUACGACGUCGCUGACGAACUAGGGUUCUAUGUGAUAACCGAAGCGGAUCUUGAGUGCCACGGCUUCCGCGAUAUUGCAGGGUCUGAAGAGAACGCCGCGGCUUGGACCUCCGAUAACCCUGAGUGGACACAUGCAUACCUUGACAGGGCUGAGCAACUGGUUGAGCGUUACAAGAACCAUCCCUCCGUCAUCAUGUGGUCGCUCGGAAACGAAUGCCAGUACGGCCAGAACCAGGCUGCCAUGUACAAAUGGAUCAAAGAACGGGAUCCCUCACGGCUCGUCCACUAUGAACAGGACCACAAUGCUGAAACUGCCGAUAUAUACAGUCAGAUGUAUUCCUCACCCGAUACAAUGCUGGAGCAUAUGGCCAACCACACGGACAAGCCUCUCAUUCUAUGCGAGUUUGCACAUGCCAUGGGCAACGGUCCUGGUGGGCUGAAAGAAUACAUCGAGCUGUUCCGUUCACAUCCGCUUUCCCAAGGAGGACUAGUCUGGGAAUUCAACAAUCACGGCUUGCUGAAAAAGGAGGGCGACCUUGAAUACUAUGCCUACGGUGGCGACUUUGGCGAUGAGCCGAACGAUGCAGACUUCGUCAUGGACGGCCUAACCCUCUCAGACCAUACCCCGAUGCCCAGUCUUCUCGAAUACGCAAAGAUUAUCCAGCCCGUCUCGGUGAAUCUGACGGAUGACUCAAGCAGCAUGGUCAUAACAAACCACUAUGCCUUCGUCGAUCUCAGCGGUCUCGAUGUUUCUUGGCAUAUUGUCCAGGAUGGCGAAACCACAGAGGCCCAAGAGCUAGAUCUGCCUCCUGUUCCUGCCGGAGAAAGCCGCACUGUGGACUUGCCACUCGAUCCGUCAAGCCUUUCGAAAGAGACAUGGCUCACCAUCGAGUUCAAGCUCAAAGAAGACAAAGCUUGGGCAGUUAGGGGCCAUGUCGUCGCCUGGGACCAGCUAUAUUUUCCCGGCUCUUCUGCUUCUACUUCCUCAAGCAAGCGCUCCACUCCGAUCUCUCGCCAGACUUCGGGAGGCCUGGAAGUCAAACAAAACCAAACAAGCCUCCGAAUCAUAACCGGCACAUCAAUCUUUGGCUUCAACCUGAUACAAGGAAACGUCACUUGGGAAGCCAACGGCGCAAGCCUUUUCCAGCGCGGGCCCGAACUCUCCUUCAUCCGCGCCAUGACCCAAAACGAUGAAGGCCAAUCCGGCAACGAGGCCGAGUGGGACGACGCAUGGGUCGGCACGAUGCACACCCAAGUCCGCGAUGUCACCUGGCGGAGCUCCGACACUGAAGCAAUAGUGCACUUCAAAGUCCGCGUCGCGCCGCAAGUCCUCGAAUGGGGCGUCGAAGCAGACCUCAUCUACACGAUAUCCACAGAGGACUCUGUACCAACACUCCACAUCCACGCCACCGGCGAGUUCGUAGGAACGAACACCCCCUCUGUUGUCCCGCGCAUCGGCCUCCAAACCAUCCUCCCCUCGUCUUUCAACUUCGUUCGCUGGCUCGGCCGCGGCCCCGGCGAGAACUACAAGGACUCGAAGCAGGCAUGCCGAAUCGGCGAGUAUUCUGCAACAGUAGAAGAACUCUUCACGCACUACGACUACCCCCAGGAGAACGGCAACCGUGAAGACCUGCGAUGGCUACAGAUCUCGGACCCUGGCACCGGUGUCACUCUGGAUGCGCGGCGCGCGGACGCAAGCACAAAUCAGACUGCUGUUGAGGUCUUCAGCUUCACCGCGUCGCAGUAUAUGCCCAUUGACCUGAACAACGCGAAACACCCUUUCGACUUGAAGCCGCUGGAUAUGACGAUUCUUUGGCUCGACUAUGAUAACCAUGGCUUGGGUUCUGCGAGUGUGGGGCCCCAACCGUUUGAGCAGUAUCGGUGUAAGACGGAACCGUUUGAUUUCGCUUUUGAGCUUAGUCUUCUUUCCUGA